UUAAAUAUCAAUGUCAGGUUCUUUGUAAAUAAAUUAUUUUCAAUGUUGUGAAAGAAGAAUAGGAAUUUUGCAUACAAAUACCCCCUGCUACGUUCUGUUGCCACAGCAACCAGACCUCCUUCAGAGCCUUGUUAACUCCGUGGCAACAUAGUAAUCGGAUCUUUAUUGUGACAUACAAGUUUAAUAUUUCUUUCAUCGACGAAAAUUAUUAACAAUGAACAAGAAAAUUUCACCCGAGGAUGCCUUCUACGAAAAUUUAACAUUGGGACUUAUUCGGACCCUCUCCAAUGUGCCGAGAGUGUGCAAUGUGACUCUGGAGCGACGGCAGCCGCUGAAUGCUUGUCAGGUAGUCAACUGGGAACAAAGGCACUGCGUCUACUUGCCGGAGGAUAUGAAGAAAUUCUAUCUCUCCUCGGAUGGAUUCGUGCUGAACUGGAGCUACCAGUAUGCACCCAACGACAUUCGACGGGUGGGUCACAUCCACUUUCCGCACUUACUGCAGGUGACUCUCUUGCGAGAGAACAUCGAAACGACGCACUCUGUUAGCAGCUCUACGGCUCUGGCUGGCAGCAACUCGGAUGUCCUGGGAGCAGCAAGCAGCUCGCAAUCCCUUCCAGCACCAAUUGUAUCCGGGAAGGACAAGUGGGGCAAUGCCACACCGAUUAUAACAGCCAAGUCGAAGAUAUUUGAGAUCAACAACGUGAACGAGGUGGCCAAGGUUUGCAUGCUAUAUGAAUCAACGAGUUCCAACAAUCCCAAAUUCUAUCUGCUGGAGCUGAGUACCCUGAGCUGGCAGUUCCUGGCCGAUACCUUCAGUGAAUACCUGCGCAUGGCUAUCGCGCAUUUAGGUCUCCCCUACUGGGAGCUGUGCUUCUCCAGCUGCGGACUGCCCUCGUGGACGGAACAGCUUUUCCUCCUUCUGGCGCCCCAUCUCCUCGAGGAGCACGAGCCCAGGCGCGGACGAGUGCUAAAUCCGGCUUGCGAGCAUCCCUACAAUAUCAUUGAUCCGAACAUAUUCCGGGGGAAGCCUAAGACGGUGGCAAAGACUGUGACCAGCAGCACCAAGCAGAACAAGUAAAUGAAUUUCAGUAGAAAAGUAAACCAUUUAUUUCAGUGAAGAUAACGAAAACUAAAUGCCACAAAACAA